UCUCCCGUCGCGUAACGUGUCAUAAACAGUGAAAACACGGACGUUGACGACAAUCCUCCACAUAAGCGUUUUAAAUAAACUUAUAAUGAAGCGAUAAAAUAUUGGGAAGUGCUUUCGUUUUCAAAAGGUGAAGAUAAAAUGGAGAAUAUUCAAAACCUCCCAAUCGACAUACAGACCAGCAAACUUCUGGACUGGCUGCUGGAUCGACGUCACUGCAAUCUGAAAUGGCAGAGCGCGGUGAAAGAGAUCAGAGAGAAGAUCAACGUUGCCAUCCAGGACAUGCCGGAGAACGAGGAGAUCAAGAAGCUUCUCUCCGGCUCCUACAUUCACUACUUUCACUGCUUGAGGAUAGUGGAGAUAUUGAAGGGGACUGAAGCUUCCUCCAAGAACAUCUUUGGCAGAUAUUCGUCUCAGAGGAUGAAGGAUUGGCAAGAGAUUGUGUCCCUUUAUGAGGGAGACAAUGUUUAUUUGGCGGAGGUGGCCAGCUUGCUGAGUCGCAAUGUGAGCUAUGAAGGUCCGGCUCUGAGGAAGCAGCUGGCCAAAGCCCAGCAGCUGCAGCAGGAGCUGAGCAGGCGGGAAGUGGAGUGCCAGAGCUCAGCCGCAGACCUGAGGGAACGCUACUAUGCUGCCUGCAAAAAGUAUGGCAUCACCGGAGAAAAUGUGGCUCGGGAGCUUCAGGCGUUGGUCAAAGACCUACCAGCGGUUCUUGAGGAAGUUGGAAAGGAUGCAGCAAAGUUAGAGGAGCAAAUCCAACUUUAUACUGCUUUCACAAACUUUGUAUGUGAGUGGUCUGAACCUGUCCUGCCCAUGCUGACGUUUGUCCAGAAGAGAGGAAACGCGACGUUCUACGAGUGGAGAACGGGGAAAGUCCCGACAGUUAUUGAGAGGCCAUUUGUGGAGGACGCUCCUCCUGAUGCAGUCACAGAAGAUACGAUUGACUGGGGUAACUUUGGCGAAGGGGCAAAUAGCCAGGAACCUGUCAUCACAGUUGAGGAUGGAGCAGACUGGGGUAUCAGUCUGGAGCCGGGCUCUGAGGACUCUGGUGCUGGGGGUAUUGACUGGGGCGACAGUGAAGCAGCUCCAAUUGAAAUUGAAAUCGUAGAUGCCGGCACAGACUGUCCCGAGGGUGUGGCGAAGGGUGAGGAUGCUUUAAGUAUACUGGAGAACUCUCAGUCACGCAGCCAGUUCAUCGAUGAGCUAAUGGAGCUGGAAGUGUUCCUAAUGCAGCGCGUGAGUGAGAUGGGAGAGGAGGGAGAUGUGGUAGCUAUGAGCCAGUUCCAGCUGGCCCCCUCCGUCAUCCAAGGCCAAUCCCGUGAACAUAUUCGGGAGAUGCUGUCAGAGGUGCAGGACCUUCUGGGCCGGCUCACCUCUCUCCGGAUGCAGCACCUGUUUAUGAUCCAGGCCUCGCCGCGGUAUGUUGAACGUGUGUCAGAGGUGCUGAGACAGAAGCUGAAGCAGGCGGACAUUCUGGUACUGAAAGGUGCCACAAUGGCUGAGAAAAGGCAGGAAGCCCUAGAGGAGCAGUCCAGACUGGAGCCUCGUGUUGACCUGCUGGCAGGAUGCACCCGGGAACUCCAGAAACUGAUUGAAGCUGACAUUUCAAAGAAAUACCACAAAAGGCCCGUCAACAUAAUGGGGGUUAAUAUAUAACCUAUAACUUCACAGAAGUUAACUAAAAAAUAUUUUGUAAUCAUGAUCUACUUGGAGAAAUAAAAGUGGUAUUUAAUUGUA